CGGCGCGCGCUAAAUACAGCUUUUUUUACGGCACGGCGCUUGUAUAGCGCGGCUGUUGGAGAUGCUCUUAGGCACCACUUGCUUAAUCACCUCAAAACAUAACGGACAAAACAUUAGACCCGGAAUAACUAUGGGAUGGUUCCUUCUGUUACCCAGACGUGCUUUUACAACAGCUAGAACGCAACAGAGAAACUGCAGCACCACCAACCCCCCAUGUUUUUCUUGCCAGAAACUGCAACCCAGGAUCCAAGCUUGCCUUCAGUUUUGCUUCUUUUUCUUGCAAGGCAAUCCCAAAUUGGUGGCAAAUAGAAGCCGAUCACCGAUUUCAUUCCCUUCAAUUCCAAGCCCCAUCUUCUCUUCCCUGAUACAACAACUUCAAAGACCUGUUAGACGGAAGCAAACGAAGAUGGCACCAGCAACAAUGACUGAUACACAGCCCGACAUGGAACUGCAGAAGGAUCAGAGGCAUCCUCUUUUGUUCAACAGAACUGAUGGCACCGACAACAUGAGCCCCAUUCAGAAAGCAAUAGGACAGGCGUACCAGAGCACCGGGCACCUCGCCAAACUCCUUCCAUCAGGCACCGUGCUUGCCUUCCAGCUGCUGGCUCCAACCAUGGCUAAACAAGGCCACUGCAGUGACUUGGAUCGGAUGAUGACAGGAGGGCUUGUGGUGCUCUGUGCACUCUCAUGUUUUGUUCUUAGCUUCACAGAUAGCUUCAGGGAUGAGAAAGGAAAGGUACGAUACGGGUUUGCCACGUUCAAGGGAUUGUGGGUCAUUGAUGGUGGAGUCACUCUUGAUCCACACGCUGCAGUUGAAUAUAAGAUAACAUUUCUAGAUUUUUUCCAUGCAACUGUCUCAGCAGUGAUUUUUGUUGCAAUCGCCCUGUUUGACCAGAAUGUGGCAUCUUGCUUUUAUCCAAUACCAUCAGAGGACACAAAUCAAGUUCUCACAACAUUGCCAGUUGCUAUUGGAGUUAUUGGAAGCAUGCUGUUUGUUAGCUUCCCAACCACCCGCCAUGGAAUUGGCUUCCCAGUCUCUCCACACUAGUUGGUCUUUAAAAGAUUUGUUCGCUCUUAGUUCCUGUUGAUCAAACAGUGUCUAAGCCCCUUAAGCGGGAUAGAGAGAAAUAUGCAGCACCUAUUUCUGUAAAAUAAUACUUAUAGAGUACCUAUGGUGGUCUUCAACAUGAACACGCUUUAUUUUGUGUGUUCAGAAACAGUGUUGGCACUAGGCAGGACAAUAUAUUGGAUACGUCUUUGGUGCAUACCACGAUUUUUUUUAUCUUUCAUAUGAUACAACUAAAACUUUUGGUUGACUGGUUAAAGUGCCCAACUCAUAAUUGGUAAAUCGUAGGGUUCAAUUCCUACUGGAUGCACAUGAAGAGGAACGUUCCAUAAGUCUACCGGAAUUGGCUCUCUAUCCAAGGAAUCUCAUCCAUCAUGUAUAUUCAUACCAUAACAUACGAACAGUAUGAACUCGAAUUCUUAUUGUUACUCGAACUCAGAGCAUAGGAUGGGAAGUCAAUUCAUGGAUCCAAUCAAAUACGCGGUAUUCUAUUCAAAGAAAAAAGUCUUCAUUAAUUGGGAAAGAAGCAAUAUACCAGGAGCCGAUAGCUUGUUUUUGUGUUCAAUCUUCAUACAUAUAUGUAGUUAAGUUUUGUCUUGUAAUUUGCUGGUUUUUCCCAAAUUAACAUGUCUAAAAAUAAGACUUUAAAAAUCAUAUCAGACAGUGCAUUCUUGAAGUCAUAUCACACAGCUUUUAAGUCGUCGUGCAAUAACCCUGAACAAACAUUUUAGUCAAUGAAAUAAGGAAACAGAAGACACAUGACGAGAAUAGAAAUGAGCUUAUGCAGAGCCCGUGUAUGUAUCUCUACAUACAGAAACAACAGAUA